AGUUUCAUUAUUUGCAUCAUAAGGGAGCUGUUGGCCAGUGGAUAGAGCACAAAGGAGCUUAGAUUCUACAGUGUUGCUAAUCUACAUGUGGUGAUUUUUCUUCAAGCUCUGACUCCUGGAUUCAAGUUAUUAGGAGAUUCCAAGCCAAAUUUCAUUGCUUUAUCUCACGCUAAACCUUCACGGAGCAACCAUGUUGAUUCUUCUGGCUUUCAUUAUUGUGUUUCACAUAACUUCAGCAGCGCUGUUGUUCAUCUCAACCAUUGACAAUGCCUGGUGGGUAGGAAAAGACUUUUCUACAGAUGUCUGGAAAGUCUGUAUCAAUAUCACCAACUGUACAGUCAUUGAUGAAAACAAUUCAGAAUAUCAGUCUGUGCAGGCUGUUCAGGCCACCAUGAUCCUGUCUACUAUUCUGUGUUGUGCUGCAUUUCUGGUUUUCAUCCUUCAACUCUUCCGCCUAAAGCAAGGAGAAAGAUUUGUGUUAACUUCUACUAUCCAGCUGCUGUCAUGUCUCUGUGUUAUGAUUGCAGCCUCCAUUUACACAAAUAGGCAUGAAGAUCUGCACAAGAGUUCUGGAUACGUGUUUUUUGAUAUUCAUAGUGGCCAAUAUGGAUAUUCCUUCAUCUUAGCCUGGAUUGCAUUUGCUUUUACCCUGAUCAGUGGUAUCAUGUACCUAGUAUUAAGGAAACGUAAAUAAAUGUCAGCAGCUAGUUAUUUCUGUCAUUGCAGUACAAAAGCAGAAUUCCAAUAACCAUUUUGUAUAUAAUCACUUGUGGUUUUGUAGUAAAGGUAUUGUUUUUCUAAAAAUGUACUGUGUUCUUAGUAUGAAAGAGUAUGGGGAAAAAUGCAAGUUUCCUGGAACACUCUUCCAGCUGGGGUCAAGAUUCUGAACAAGCCAAGACCAAAUUAAAUUUCCUUUGUAUGUUUCACAACUUUAAAUGGCUGCCACUAACCUAGGUAUUAAGAGUUUGAUCCUGCCCUCUAAAUGGUUCACACCAUGCAUCUGGAAAAGUUACAGUACAUGCUUAUUACAUUGUUAGCAUUGUGCUACUAGAAAUCAAGAUCUAUCUGUUUGGGGAUAAGGGCGGGAAAAAGACACACAGUACAUCACUUAAAAAAUUACAGGAGUUCAAAGAUAUGCUCAGUGUCUAUCAUAGUAGAGAACCUGCAUUCUUGCUGUUUAUAACUCUGCCAUACAUGCUCUACAAGCUUUUUAUUAAAACCCCUUGCUCUGAAAAAGUAAACCACUCUUUUUUUGGUAUGCUGGAGUAUGGAUUUUAUUUUCAUAGUGUGUCCAGAGCAUCCUCAAGCAGUACAAGUUACCCUUCAAUUCAUUGCACAUUUCAGGUCUGGAAAUGGUUCUGUUUGUCCAUGCUGAAGUUAACUUACAAACAAAACAACCCUUAAAUGCUCUUAACUCUACAUUGUGCACAGUCUUAAUCAACUCUUGAUCUACUUUAAAAUUUGCUUGCUUCUAUUUCAGGCUUUUAAAAUUAUUUUUUAAGCCAAUAUGUGCCUUACUGAUCGCACACAUGGGUUUGGAUGUACAAGUUAGCAUGAAGUAUUUACUUUCCUUGUCAUUUGGUAUGAAGUAAAGUGACUUCAUGAUGAAACAGGCAUGUCAUGCUAAAGUAUUAUUCAGGACUACCCAUUAGGAAAUCCUGGCAAAAGAUGUACAGGUGGUAUUUAACUUUGGUUGGGGAUGUUUGAAGGAGCCUAAACACACCUGCUCAACACCAACAGAUGGGGUCUUCCUAAGCCAUUUAGCCCUGUUUACUUAAACUUCCUCAAAAUGACUUAGGGAUUUUUUUAUAUGGAAAUAACAGAUAUAAACCUGUACUAGGCUAUUAGACUUAAAUGUUCUCUACUGUAAACUAUAUAGUUUUGGUUAACAGUGAUAUAAAGGUGGUGGUUUUUACUUGUUUAAAGUAGCAUUUUACAGUUUGGCAUACUUACUCAUGGCCUUUUUAUACCCAACACAGUUGGACAAACCCUAGAAAAGGAAACCUACUAUGUUUUGAAUAGGCCUGUAACUAGUUACACUUGAGUCAGAUCAGCUAACACAAAGUAGCCUAGCUCUACUGAAGUCCAAACUACACCCUAUAGAUCAGUUAAAUAAUUGACCUAUACAGCUUUAGUGAGAUAACACUUGUUUGAUUACUCACAAGGUAGGAAUGGAUGCAACUCAGUUCACUAUCUAAAACAUGGGAAUUGGUCUUGCUCUGUUCCCCAAAGUGGUUGUGUUUAUGUAUUAUUUGCAGGAGGCAGGAAAAAAUGACUGGCUUAAAGAACAGGUAGCGUAAGAGGGAAACUAGAUUUAAAGCAGUCCUAGUACUUUGCCUUUUUGUCCUUGUAACAUGACCGUGCUAGUCUCUUAUCUGCAUUAUUUCCCUUCUAAAUGUGUCCUAACGUGUGAAGUUACCAACUAACACUCCUUUAAUCUGUAAAAUAUUUGUCCCUAAAUCUUUGUUCUGUUAAAGAAAUAAUUGGGUACCUAAAGAUUAGAAUUUCUGUAUAUAAACAGAUGCACUAUAAGGAAAGGGUUAAAGAAGACUUCACCCCAAGAAUCUGAUAUCCUGGCUUUCAUUUCAUGUAAUGAACAGUAAAAUGAUCUAAUGAAAUUAUAAAGCAAAUACUUGGACCAAAACUAUGUAACUGACUUAUGGCUAACAGUCCAAUACUUGUAUACAAAUUCAUACAUUACAGUAUAGAUACUAACUGGGUACUUGACAGGUGAUACUUCAGUUAUUUACAGUAAAUCAUUUUGCCUGGGUCAUUUUAUAUUUUGAAUAUUAAAUAUGUAAGAUACAGCAUGCAUAUAUGUACAUAAAUGUAUACACAAUCAUGCUUUCCUCAUGAAAGCCCUAACACCCUAAAGCAAAUAGCAUAUGCUGGAAGAGUACAUACAGCCAUCUGUAGAUGCUGCCAUCUUUGAGUUAGACCAAUUGUGAAUCUUUUGUACACAAAGAAAAUGCCAAGAAAAGUUUGAACUUUAUCUUGUGACAGGAAAACCAUAGUUUUAGGAUAUUCUUUUUACCUACUCAGCCUUGAAAAUAUUCCACUUUCUUUGUUUUAUAUACUCUGAAAUUGUACAUGAAAAUAAAGCAGAAACUACUACUGUACUGUAACAGCAAGUUUGAUA